CCCGUCAUCACAGUUUUUCUAGAAUCUCGGCUGUUCCCGACCAUACACAUUGAGCGCCUCAUUAAUACAAAACAUUAAUACUAUGAACAUGUCAGGGAAACGGUGUAUUGUUUUUGUGUGAGGCGUGAAUGUGCUGGGUUUGUUAGAGUUGUUAGUUCUUUUCGUUGUGAAAAAAAAUUGAAGGUGAAUUGUAGUUUAGCUGAACCCAAAACUAUUUGGUUCACUUACGAUUGGAAAUGAGCUUUUGAUCUAUUGAAAAUGUUAAAAGAUAAACACAAGGAACAAAACGAAUGGACAAAUUGUCCCUGUUAUUAAUUGAGAAAGAACUCUUGGAAUCAAUAGGAAAUAAAUAAUUUCUACAACAGACAUAAAAUUUUGCAAUUACAACACGACUGAUGAGCUCUAAGUAUUUUGCUAUGUACGAUGUUUAGGAAUAUUUAUCUAUUGAAAUUCUUUUUUAAUACCAUCACUGACCUUAACAUUUUCUGAGUUUAAUAAAGCUCUGUGACGGGCAAGAAAGUUUUGGAGAAGUGAGCAUGAUUUAAACUCUGUGGAAGUGCAGUAUCCGAGCAAGUUUCAAAAUCACUGGCGUUUGUAUUUAUCACCUUCUCUGUCACUAAAUAAAUAAAUUCUUGUAAAAUUCUUUUCGAUCUGCGAUCAAUCUCACGCGUUCUUCGAACGUGGUGAAGUAUGUCAGUAUUAGGUGACAAGAAAUUGGAAAAUGUAGUAUCUUGUUCAUGGGAAGUGUUGAAUGAGAGAAGUCUGCAGGAUGCCCUCACGUUGGAAACAUGUGAAGUCAAAAGGAAGAGAAGCCUGGAAUGUAUGGUUAGUUUGGAAACCUGUGUUCAUUUAGGAUCUCAGAGUGACUCUGUUCCCUGUCAGUUGGAAAUCAAUGUAAAGAAAGAAAAUCUGAGAAUUACGGAAAUUUCUAUUGUUUCAGAGGCACGUAUUAUUGAAAUCUAUGGGAAGUGUGGUGAAUAUCUGGCCACAAGUCAUGCAGAAUUUCUUGACGAGUGUGAGGAUAUGGUAGUUUACGUUGCAGAUUACAAAUUUCCUCAACCUACUCCAGAGUGUUCUCUGAAGUUUGCUCGCAUGAAAGUCAAAGGACAAAUGUGGCUAUAUGGAAUAUACAUAAACACAGAGAAGGAUACUGUGUCUCCUGAUUCAACUGUUAACUUCCACAAUGUCAACAAAAUUCUCAAAGACUCAAGUCAUCAGAUAACUGAUAAAGCAGAUAAGUGCAAAAAGUUUUUGCAGAUGUACAGUGCGUAUUGUGUUUCAGGCAGUUCUCAAACACUUCCAAAUCCACAGAGUCUUUUAAAGGUAUUUGAUUCGUUAUAUUUGAGUCAGGGUUCUGGAGUAGGUAGUCAAGCUAAAAAUGCAAGCAAAUGUUUUUCUGAUUAUAUCCCUGCAUUUGCAUCAUUUUCCAAAAGUAAAAAUGAGGGUGUUUUUGAAUCCAGCUCAGUGGAUACAGCAGAAAAGACUGCCACUAGUGUAGAAGCAGAUGACUGUGUAAAAUUUAUUGUUCAAGAAUUACAAAAACACAUUGACAGGAAAUUUUGUGAAUUAGCUGCAUCAUUGUCAUGUCAAAUUGACAAAAAAUUAGGUGAAAUUCAGGAACGACAGGAUAAAAAGCUAGAUGAAAUCAUGCAUCUUCUUCAGACUGUAAAAAAUGCCUAAGUUUUUGCUAAUGUAAAUAAGUGACAGUAAUUAUUAAUAAUGAUUAUAAAUGUACAAAUUGUCUCAAAUAUAUGUAAAUUGUUGAAGAGUCAGAAAUAUAAUUUGUUGAAAGAUUUUGCCAUUGUGUUAAUCUUUAUACAAGCCUAAACAUGCAAAAUUUAUAAUAUGUUGAACAGAAUACACUUUAGAAACAGUUCCUUUAGUGUACAAGUCUUCAAGAGUGAUUGCCCAUGUGAAUGAAUGUGGUUUAUCAGUAAUUUGUUUCACUUAUUUUUACUUAUUUAAGUAAAUCAUAUCUUUUAUCUGAGAGACUAUGAGUUAUGUUUAAAAUUGAAAAAGUCAGAAUUGACUAUUGGCAUACAGUUACACUAGGUACUUAAUAUAUUGUUGUGUUUUAUAUUAGAGGAAUAUUUUAAAGUGUUUUUUGUUUCAACUAAUUUCUUUCUUUAUUUUAUUCUCCCCCCCAAUUCCAAAAUGUUGGAUAUGUUCGUUGAAGUAAUAUAUUGAAGUAAAGUAAAAAAUGUUAUUGUUAAUUGAUGUAAACAUUUUCAAUUAACUGGCUGUAAUUAUUCUUAGGUUUGCGGUUUGUAUUUGGGAUCUGUUAAAAAAAAUGAAUAGAAUUUUGAGAAAUAACUUUUAUUACAAAUCACAUUUGUAUUGGUUUGUUUCUUUGUAUGUGGAAAUUGUAAAUUUUGAAAUCAUUAUUUUCAGAUUUAGUGUUCAUUGUGAAUUCAUUGUCAUUUUUCUAGUGUUUUAUGAAUUAUAACUUAGCUAGCUACUAUUCUCACUCCUCGGAAACAAUAGUCAUUGCAGUGAUUGAUGUACAAUAAAAAAAGCAAGUGGCAUGCAUUUAUUCAGGUGUUCUAUCAAUUAUCUUCAGUCAAUGCAUUUUAAAUAGAAAAAACAUUCAUAUACCAUUUGCUAAUUACACAUUUUACAGAUAUUUGAGGAGUGUUUGUAGGAAACAGUGAAAGUGUCAAAAAGAAUGAUUUUUCAUAUUUUUUGUCGGAAAUGUUCUGUGUUAUAAUGGGUUACAAUGAUUCGAUUUUGUUGCAUUUCUUCGGCCUAACAUAAUUAUCCGUAACUUAAUCAAAAUCCAAUUUCUACUUUGUGCCUGCUAAGUAGCUGCUGAUAAGGAACUUCAAGUUCAUGAAAAGGCUUAUGUGACACUAAACCUUAAAUAUAUUUUUUGAUACAAAAAGAUAGAAAAGCUUAUUUGUUAUGAUUUGUCAAAAUAAUUGCCAAUAGAACAGGUUUAAUAUAUGUCCAUAAAUAACUCCACGGGAAACAAUACAAAUGCCAUUUACUGUGAACAGCAAGUGGUAUAUAUUUCCCUCGCCUUUUGUGCACUCAGUAUGGGGUUUACAUUAUUUUCUUGAUUGAAUUUAUUUAAUGUAAUUAUUAGUAAUUGAAGAGUAAAUUAGUUCCAUUUUUGUGAGGAGGGAAGUAGCUUUUAUAAGGAAUUGAGGGGUCAUGGAAAGGGUUAUGUGACACCAAAGGGAAAAGAUAAACCUGAAAAGACUCUAGCUUUAGCUGAGGAAUGUAGUCUUCAAUGUGUUCUUUAACCCUCGAAUACUAACGCACUCCUAUCUAUAAAAAAUACUUACUCUAUGUAAAAUUUACGUAGGUGUGUUUUAAAAUUGUUAUGUAAAAGAAUAUUAUAUUCCUGAAAGAUAAUAUUUAUGUUGAAAUUGUAUUUGGAAAUAAGGAAUGUUAGAAGAAUUUUAAUAAUUAAUUGUUUAUUAUUUGAAUAAUUGAUGAAAUAUAUCGUUA